AUGUCCCAACUGCAUGAAACUGAAACUCCUGAAGAUAGGGUGGUCGAAAUCCUGUCUAGGUUGCCGCCCAAGUCUCUGAUGCAAUUCAAAUGCAUACGCAAGUCUUGGUGCACUCUCAUCAAUAGUCCAAGUUUUGUAGCCAAGCACCUCAACAAUUCUAUGGACAACAAACUCUCAUCCUCCACUUGUAUCCUUCUCAACCGUUCUCAGGCUCACAUUUUUCCAGACCAGAGUUGGAGACAAGAAGUUUUCUGGUCCACGAUUAAUCUUUCCAUUGAUAGUGACGAGCAUAGCCUUCAUUAUGAUGUUGAGGACCUAAUUAUACCGUUUCCUUUGGAAGAUCAUGAUUUUGUACUUAUUUUUGGUUACUGCAAUGGGAUUAUUUGUGUAGAUGCAGGGAAAAAUGUUCUUUUAUGCAAUCCUGCAACGAGAGAAUUUAGGCAACUUCCCGAUUCAUGCCUUCUUCUACCCCUUCCGAAGGGAAAAUUCGAAUUGGAAACGACCUUUCAAGCAUUGGGAUUUGGCUAUGACAGCAAUUCUAAAGAAUACAAGGUUGUGCGAAUUAUAGAAAAUUGUGAGUACUCAGAUGAUGAGCAAACAUUUCAUCAUCGUAUUGCUCUUCCUCACACAGCGGAGGUGUACACCACGGUUGCUAACUCUUGGAAAGAAAUCAAGAUUGAUAUAUCAAGUCAAACCUAUCAUUGUUCUUGUUCAGUGUACUUGAAGGGAUUUUGUUAUUGGUUUGCAAGCGAUAGCGAGGAAUACAUACUUUCAUUUUGUUUAGGUGAUGAGACAUUUCAUAUAAUACAAUUGCCUUCUAGGAGAGAAUCCGGUUUUACGUUUGAUUAUAUUUUUCUCCAAAAUGAAUCCCUUGCUUCUUUUUGCUCUCCGUACCGUCCAAGUGAGGAUUCUAAAUUAUUUGAAAUAUGGGUAAUGGAUGACUAUGAUGGAGUUAAGAAUUCAUGGACAAAACUCCUAACUGUUGGACCCUUUAGAGGUAUUGAGUAUCCAUUGACACUUUGGAAAUGUGACGAGCUUCUUAUGCUUGCGUCCGAUGGACGAGCCACCUCUUAUAAUUCUAGUACCGGAAAUUUGAAGUAUCUUCAUAUUCCUCCUAUUCUCAAUAAGGUUGUAGAUUUUGAAGGUCUUAUUUAUGUGAAAAGUAUUGUUCCACUCAACUGA